UCGUGUAAUUUGUAUACGCUCAAACUAGGUUUCCGACGAAGGGGAAUUACCGUGCUGAGGCAAUGCACGAAAAAGUUAGCGCAGAUCCGGCACGUCGAGCUAGGAAAAACUUCUUCAGUAAAUCAGGAGAUGUAAGCCAAAUUCGAAAGCCAGGCGAUUGUAAGCUGAAAACAUGGCUGGUCCUCAAUCUGGUUUCGACAAUCUUCUAGGGUCAGCGUCACCAUCAUCUGGACCUGUUCCCCUCCAUCACAUGGAUUAUGCGUACAUCGGACUUUGCAGGAAUGUCAAGGAGCUGGAGAAGAUCUUGAAAGCUCUCAGAUCGGGCGCGGAUGGCUACUAUCCGGAUUUGAUUAAGUGUUGUGAGCAGAGAAUUGCAACUCUGGAUCCAAAAAGCAAGGCGUUGCGGAAGGACAAACCCCCAGCCUCAAAAGGCGACUUGGGCAAGGAAGAAUGGCAGCAAAUCAACUCCGAUAUCAAGGACUGGACAACUGAGAUGGGCAAGGAGUCUGCCUCAAGCUCAGUGCGGAGCAACGACGACAAAACGCUGCCGCCGAUUCGGCAACCGGCCACCGUGGAUACCAGCGGAAAGAAGAAAAAAGACGAAGACAAAGUCUGGGCGAAGCCGUCCAAGGAGCGAAUCAAAUCCUCCGAUUACCGAUCCUGGGAUAAAUUUGAUGCCGAAAAGGCGGCGGAAGAAGCGGACCUGAAGAAACACGGCAAGAAAGACAGCAAGCAAUUGAAGAAGUCAUCUGCGGCACUAUCCAGCAUCAUUAACACCGAUGGCAUGACUGAUAAAGAACGGGAGCUUGUGGCCAACAAGGAAAAGGACAAAGGCAACGAGGCUUUCAAAGCUGGAGAUUAUGAAGAGGCCGUGCAGUAUUACAGCCGAAGCAUCUCUGUUAUACCGUCGGCACCGGCCUACAACAACCGCUCUCUUGCAAGAAUCAAGUUGUGUCAGUUCAUCGCAGCUGUAGAAGACUGCACUAAGGUUUUGGAGCUGGAGCCUGAGAACAUCAAAGCUUUACUCAGACGUGGUACCGCCUUAAAGUCGUUGAGACAGUUCACUGCUGCGAAAACUGACUUGGAAGCUGUCUUGAAUGCUGAGUCAAACAACAAACAAGCUCUGGAUCUUUUGGCAGAUAUUAUGUUAAAAGAAACGGUGGAGCAGAAUUCGCCGAAACCGUACAAGGAACGUGAUGUCGAAAUGGAACCAACACAUGUGGGGCAGGCCGCACCGCCGGGGCGACGGAUGAUCAUUCAAGAGGUCGAAGACGAGAGCGACAGCGAAGAGGAGGAUGCUGGGAAGGGUCAGGGGUCACUCGUCAACGGAAGGGGAGCACCAAAUUCUGACGAGGGCGCUGUGAAUGGCGCAACCAAAGCGAGCGCCAUGGCAACUGAAAACCAAGAUGGUGGCCAAGGUGCGGUUUCUGCAGAGACCUCUCUUCCAUCCAGCAACGGAAUCCCCGUACAAGACGGGCCAGUUGCUGCGGCAACCCCGCCGGUGUCCAAUCCGAUCCCGGCGCUGCCCCUGCCUGAUGAUGUCAUCGCACUGAAGGAUUCUGGGAAUGAGCUGUUCAAGGCAGGGCAGUACGGCAACGCCAUGGAGAAAUAUUCUUUAGCCAUCAAAAAGAUCCUUCCAGAUAAGGAGUCUUUCACCGCCGCCCUCGCCUCCCUCUACAACAACCGCUCUGCCUGCAACUCCAAGACGGGCCACUUGAAGGAGACUAUAGAAGACUGCGAUGCGGCGUUGGAGAUUCAGCCCUACAGCGCGAAGGCUUUGGUGCGUCGAGGAGCUGCUUACGAUGCUCUGGAAAAGUAUCGUCACGCCUACGUUGACUACCAAACUGCCAUGAAGGUGGACGCUGCGAACCAAUUGGCACAGAGUGGAGCAGCAAGAGUGAUGAAAAUCCUGUCGGAGCAGGACGGACCAAAAUGGCGUGAGAAACUCCCCUCCACCCCCUCCCCGCUUGGCUUGCCCCUCCCACCCCCUUCCCUGACCACCAUGGCCCCUAGCAACGCACCGGUUCCCAGCGUCACCUCCACCACCAGUGUAACCAACCAGCCGUCCAUGGCAACCAGCCAGGUCAAAGGUCAAGAUGUCCAAGGUCAAAAGGUCGAGCCGAAACCCAGCGCCCAGGACCAACCCGACACGGCUCCGGUACCCAAUGCGAAUGCAAGCAAGGGGUCAUCGGAAAAGGCCAAAGCCGAGUCGGAGGUCAAGGGUCAAGCUGACCCCGUGGCAAUGACUGAUCCCAAGCUGAGCGUGGAGGACAACUUCCUGAAGUUGAAGACGAAAGGAAACACGCUGGUUCAGCAGGGGAACUAUGAGAAGGCAGCGGAGUUCUACACAGCCUGUAUCGCGUUGGAUCCCAAGCAACUUGUGAGCUACACUAACAGGGCACUGUGCUUCAUCAAACUACUCAAGGGCAAUGAAGCAGAGGCUGACUGUACUCAAGCAUUGGAACUGGACGAUGGGAGCAUCAAGGCCUUGUAUAGGAGAGCUCUGGCUAGAAAGAUGCUGCACAAGUACAGCGAUGGCAUUCGCGACCUGAUGACCUUGCUCAAGAUUGAGCCCCACAACGCCUCGGCGAAGAAAGAGUUGGAUUUAGUCAAAGAGCUGUGGCGGCAGGAGCUAAAAGAUAACCAGCAGAAAACUACUGAGAAGCCGAAGCAAACCACCCAACCACCGCCAGCUCAACAGAAGUCAGAGGACAAGGUCAAGCCAGAGGUCAACUCGGCCGAGGUCAAGCCCGCAGAGGUCAAACCAGCUAAGGGCAAAAUCUCUGAGGUCAAACCGGCAGAGGUCAAAUCCUCGGAGGCCAAACCAGCUGACGUUAAACCUGCAGAGAUGAAACCAGCAAAGGGCAAAUCCGCCGAGGUCAAAACCUCAGAGGUCAAAUCCUCAGAGGUCAAACCAGCGGAGGUCAAACCGGCCCAGAAGAAGAAAAAGAAGGGCAAACGGAUGCAGAUCCAGGAAGUGGAAGGAAACAGUGAAGAUGAGAAUGAUGUUAAAAAGGCCAGCCCUAAACCCACCGAGAAACCACCCGCAAAGGACAAGAAGGGCAGCAAGACCCCCAAAGACACAGGGAGCCAGAAGGGUGGCAAGACCCCAGGGGGAGAGGACGACAAAGUCACUGUGCCAAAGCUGACCAAGGUUACAGCCUAUGAGUUCCUUCAAGCUUGGACGUCUCUGAAGCGUCAACGAAGCAUGCUCGCCUAUGCGGAGUUACUCAAACAGAUCUCACCAGAGGAACUACCAGAAGUUUUGACCAACAAACUCGAUGGAGACAUGGUUGUCAAUAUCGUCAAGGCUGUUUGUGAACAUCUCGUAGAGUCUGAUGGGGAUCUGAGCUAUGGCUUGCUGGCUAAUCUACCCAAGGUGGAGAGGUUUAAGGCUGUCGUCAUGUUCCUAUCGACUAGCGAUAAGAAACGUCUGCGGAACUCACUGAAGAAGUUGGGGUCUAGGAAGAGUGAAGCGUAUGUAGAGUCAGACAUCGAGAAACUGCGACAGCACUACAGCCUCAAAUAAUUAUUGGUUCAAAUCUUCUUGCAUCAUUGAACAAAAAAUUGUCGUUCAAGUCUGAAAUGUGAACCUAAAUUGAAAAAAAAAAAUUCUAAUCCUGUUUAAACUGCUCAAAAACCAGUCAAUUACCUUAAUUCUUCCACAACUUUCUCAAUGCAUUAGGAGAUCUUGAAGGAUUUUGUAGGAUUGAGGAAGGUUUCUAGCCAAAAAUGCUGACAGAAUUUCAGCUGGAAAAUCUGUGAUUAUUUAUUUCUUGCAUGAAAGGGUCCAUGAAAUUAUAUUUUUCUUUUCUUAGGAAUACCUUUUGUGCAACUUUCCACUCUUAAAUGUAUGAAACUAUUUGACACCCCUUUUGGGUUAAUUUUACUGAAAAGUGCACUUCUGUAAGGACUUCAGAUUUUCCAUACUUUUCUGGACAACUGAAGGCACUAUUGCUGUGAUGUCAUUUCAGGAAGACACUGUUCAGUUUAGGGGUUUUCUGUUCAAAUUGUGAACCUAAAAGUUUGCUGAAAACAUCUGUGAGAAUAGUUUGCACUGUUACAACAACGAAUCCCCAAAGAACAGAAAAUGUAUGACGGCAAAAUAUCCAAAAUUCUGGCAACUUUUGAUGAUGAAAUAACUGUAACAUUCGCUCUUUUCACACACUCUGCCAUUGGGCAUGAAGGGCCUCGAUCUGGCAACUUUACACAAUAAAAAUAGCCGGCUCAGUGAUCUGAACCCCGACACGGGAAUCACUGAACCGACUGUAUUUAUUGUGUAAAGUUGCCAGAUCAAGGCUCUGCAUGCCCAUGGCGGAAGUGUGAAAAGAACGAAUUGAGGGUUCUGCCUGAAUUUACAAACUACUUUUGCUCAUGAAUAUAGAAAUUUGCAUAGAAAGGUCUUCCCCAAAUCCAGAACUUUUUUAGUUUCCUUGAUUUUUGGUCGAAAAAAGACAAAAGAUAUCCGGUCUGAAUUAACAAUGUAUGAAAUACGCCAACCUUUAAUUUGAGAGUGUCUCUAGAUUUUAUUUGGUUAAGUCUGAUUUUUUUAGGUUGUUUUUUUUUAGUUUCUUUUACUGUUUCCACCAGUUAAUGUCUUUUCAAUAAUUGGCGUCAUUAAAAAAAAAAUUUCAAAGAAUAAUAUUAAUCCACAAACAGAGUAAAGUAUUCUCAGACUAAUAUCACUUGUUCAAACUACAACUACAAUGUAUAUCUAUGUUGGAAAUUCCCCAAGAAAAUUCCAGUAAAUUGAAAUAUUUUGAUUUGAAUAUCAAAGGUGAAUUUUGAUUGCAGCUGUAAUGAGUUUGUGACUUUUUUUUUUAGAAAUACAUGUAUAGCAAAAAGUGGUUUCAAUUGAAAAAUGUUGAGAGUUCGCACUGAGAAAAGUUAAAUAUUUUUUUAAUUUUUAUUUUCAGUUUGUCCCGUUACAAAGUUUGUAAUUUCUUGGUGUUGAGAUUGGAAUUUAUUCCAGAACAUGAAAUGAAUAAAAUGCCAAUGAGAAGAUUCAUUGAGAACUAAUGCAACUGA